CCCUAGCACCUCUUUCUCGCAACACAUGAAGUUUUAAGUACCGUAUUCUGGUCUACUGCACAGUUCAACACCACGUGCGAUACAUCAAUCAAGAGCACACCGUUGCUUCUCUGUACAGUAAACGUCAAGCGUUACAAUUACUUAACCUACUCACACUCCAAUCAUGCCUGGAAUCAGCGAAAUCAUCCCGCAGCCCGAUUCGAGAGAGCUCCUCCCACCGCUACUCGCCUGUCUAGCAACAGCAAAGGCAUCCAAAGACGUGCCUCCAGGCCUUCUUCCUCUUCUCUCGCCCAUACUUCGCCAGCGUGUUCAGCUUCUAUCCUCUAGCGAGUGGCUUCCGUUGCUGUCUUGGGACCAAGAAGCGGCAUCUCGGCUCCCAGAAGCCAUUGAGAAAAUCGACGUCGAGCCGCAUCCCUCUUCGGGCGAAAUCGAGGUUGAGGAGCCAGACGAGAUUUUGUAUCGAAGAUCAGACGCGGAGACACUACAUGCAAAACUGGUGCUGGGCGAAUAUGGAAUCAUACCUACCUACCUUUGGUGCACAGGCGGUGAAGGAGGAAGUCGCUGGCUGCUGGCGGAGCUGAGAGGGCUAGCAGACGCUGAGGACGGCACCGAAUGGUUCAAGGACGUCACCGAUGCAAACGAAGCCGGCUUCAGACGAAAGUCGGGCACCGUGAAGACCAACGGUAUCAAAAUUCAUCAAGCAGCCCUUGAGCCAGAAGUGGCCGUAGAGGAAGACGAGGAUGAUGGUUCAUACUGGGCUGCAUAUGACCAGACCCCUGGGAGAACACCACAGCCUAGGCGUUCUCCCGCCCCGACAAGCAACAGCCAAACACAAGUUGGGCCCACGCAAUCAGAGCUCGAGUAUUUCGCGCGUUACGCUUCCGAAGUCCAACCAGCGCUUGACGCACAUGACCCUGACGAAGAAAGCCCAGCUGCAGGAGAGUCUACACUGAAUGGCAACGCUCUCAGCUACGCCCAUGGACCCGAAACUGAAGCUCUCAACACAUCCAACCUCGGUCCCAAUGGCUACGACUCGUCCAUUGCAUCAACACACACAAACGGGCACACGAAUGGUGAUGGUAUCAAUGGUAACGACAGCGCCCUACAUCACAUGUCGGUCGACCAGGACCGAGAGAUAGCGACCAAUGCACUAAACCACCCCCGACCGUCUUCUUCAGCGUCUUCCAAUUCGAUUGAGAGGCUUGAACAAAAAGCAGAAAGCUCUAGUCAAGCAGAGCUUGCCAUCAAACAGCACAUUAGUACAGACAUCAAGAGCCUGUUCCGGUUGGCGAGAGCUUCGGGUAUUGAUAGGGAAGAGUUUGAGAGAAUUAUACAACGAGAACUCGAGGUGUUGCCUAUGCUGGAGCAGGAGUAGUUGUAGAUGGGGGCGUAGGAAAAUAAGAUUGGAUUGGAUACUUGAGGAAAGGCUAAAAGUUCCCAUGUUAUGAGCAUUCGGAGGUAUUUUGUAUGUGUACACAUAUCUUAUGGCAUUUCAACCUAACGAAAGUGGUAUCGGUUGUGCUUGGA